AUGUUUGUCCAGAGUGAGAACCACUUAAUUUCAGCUUCUGGACCUCCAUGCGAAGCCAGUGAACUAAUUACAUUAAUACCUAUGGAAGAAACUGAAGAGUUGCCAGCCGUAUGCGAUGCUGAUCAGUACGUUUUUGAAAGAUUGAAAGGUAAAAUUGCUCUCCUUGAGAAGAAGCUAGAAGAUUGGGGUAGAAGGUGUGACGAGGCCGAUGGGAUCGAGCAACACCUUCGCCUGCAACUCUAUGAGUUUUCGGAGAAGUGGAAAGGCGAACGGUCAUCUCUCAUAGAGGAGAUUGAGAAGCUUAAGAAGGAAAAUGCGAAAUUAAGAAGUGAUCUGAUGGAAGUUCAGGAAGUUGAUGCUACUGAUAAGCUGAAGUUGGAGAAGUUGUUAUUAGAGAAAAAAAUAUGGGCAAAGGAGAAGAAGGAGAAAAAUGACGAAAUAAAUAUGCUGACUGCUCGUAUCAUCGCACUAAGGAAUGAGUUACGAAAAUAUGCUAAGAAGGGAGGUGGUGAUGUUUCUCCGUCCUCAGCCAUAGCCAGUAUGGUUGUGUCAGAUAAUGCUGAAGGGGAAGUAACACCAACCAGAAACCUUUCUGUUGAGGCAAGACUAUCGACAAAUUGCAAAAGAAAGCCGAUAAAAUCGGCAUCGUCAUUCUGUGCAUCUUUGCAGUGUCAGCCUUUCAGUCUUGUAGAGAGCCCUUAA